AAACUUCACUUGGAAAUGUUGGCAGACCAGCCACAGACAACUGAAUACCACAGUGUUAUCCUGCAAAAUAAAGAAUCCCUGAAAGAUAAAGUGAUUCUUGACAUCGGCUGUGGAACUGGGAUAAUCAGCCUCUUUUGUGCCCACUAUGUGAAGCCUAAAGCUGUAUACACGGUGGAGGCCAGUGAGAUGGCUCAGCACACAGGGCAGCUGGUCACGCAGAAUGGCUUGGCCGACAUCAUCACUGUGUUCCAGCAGAAGGUGGAGGAUGUGGUGCUGCCGGAGAAGGUGGACGUGCUGGUGUCCGAGUGGAUGGGGACCUGCCUGCUGUUUGAGUUCAUGAUCGAAUCGAUCCUGUAUGCCUGGGACAUGUGGCUGAAGGAGGACGGGGUCAUCUGGCCAACCACAGCUGCACUGCACUUAGUGCCCUGCAGCACCGACCGGGACUACCACAGCAAGGUGCUCUUCCAGGACAACACCUACGAGUUCAACCACAGUGCCCUCAAGUGACUGCACAAUGAAGGAGUAUUUUCAAAGCCCAAGUAUAACUACAUUUUGAAACCAGAAGACUAUCUCUCAGAGCCGUGCACCAUAUUACAGCUGGACAUGAGGACUGUGCAGAUCAUGGACCUGGAGACGAUGAAAGGUGAGCUGCACUUCGAGAUCAGGAAAGCAGGCACGCUGCAUGGGUUCAUGGCCUGGUUCAGUGUGCGGUUCCAGAGUCUGGAGGAGGAUGAGCUCCAGCUGGUGCUGCGCACAGGCCCCUUCCACCCAACUACCCACUGGAAGCAGGUGCUCUUCAUGAUGGAUGAGUCUGUCUCUGUCCCGGGGGACGUGGUCACAGGCUCAGUUGUGUUGCGGAGAAACCCGGUGCAGAGGAGGCUCAUGUCCAUGGUGCUGAACUGGUCUGUCACUUCCAUGCAAGACCCCACAUCACAGAAAGGCGGAGAGAAGAUCUUUCCCAUCUGGAGAUGA